CCGAGUUCGGGAAAUCCGUGCUCUUGAGACGCACCUCUUUCGUGGUCUAAGUCUUCACAAUGGACACCUUCGAUACCGAGGAGCUCGCUGCUGCUCUUCCUUCCACGGACGAGCGCAAGAGUCGCAUCGACCCUGCAGCCGCAGCCUUGGCUCGUGAAAAGGGUUGGAAUGAACCAGAGAAAUAUGAUUAUGCCAAAUACGGCGGUCCUGCUGCGAAGUCUGGCGAGGAUGGCGAAGCUACUGAAGACGUUGAGUCCUCUGACGAUAUAGGGUGGGCCUCCAGCGCUUCUCGUUACGAGUGGAAAGAGGAGUAUGGCGAUGUUGGCCCCGAGGAUAAAAGUCUGGAGGCACAGCUGUUCCGUAGUGCUUUUAUCAACCGUGUGGGUGUCAAAUUCGAAAACAUCAAGAACAUCCAAGUUACCGCGGAAUCUUCUCAGCGUCCCGCACCCAUCACUAGCUUUGAAGAUGCCGGCCUUCAUCCUGCGAUGCAAGCGAACGUCCGUCUCUGUGGAUACAGAGUGCCAACUCCAAUCCAGGCCUAUGCCAUCCCAGCUGUUCUCACUGGGCAUGAUCUCAUUGCUGUGGCUCAGACCGGGUCGGGAAAGACUGCAGCUUUUUUCAUUCCAGUCCUAUCCAAACUCAUGGGAAAGGCAAAGAAGCUGGCGGCGCCUCGUCCUAACAUUGCUGCGCCGGGGUUCGCUUUGGAAGGCAAUACCGUUCGUGCUGAGCCGCUAGUCCUUGUCAUCGUGCCUACUCGUGAGCUUGCUUAUCAAAUCUUUGAUGAGGCCCGUCGUCUCUGUUAUCGUUCUAUGCUCCGACCUUGUGUUGUGUAUGGCGGUGGCCCUGUCAGAAACCAGCAGGAAGAACUUCAAAAAGGGUGCGACAUUCUCAUCGGAACUCCGGGUCGUUUGAUCGACUUCAUGGGCCGACCACAUGUUCUGUCCUUGAAUCGUGUUAGAUACACUAUCAUCGACGAGGCUGAUGAGCUCCUCCAUUCGGAUUGGGAGGCUGAGUUUUCCCAACUUCUCGCUGGUGCUGAUGCAAAUGAACACGCGGAUCAUCGCUACAUGAUGUUCUCGGCUACUUUUAACAAGUACUGUCGUCAGCUCGCUCGUAAGUUUCUCUCUGCUGAUCACGUUCGUAUCCGUGUUGGGCGUGUUGGAAGUACCCACGUAAAUAUCCAGCAGCGAGUUGUAUUCGUAACCCCCGACAUGAAAAAACAGUGCCUUUACGACUUGCUUCUGUCUAUGCCUCCAGCUCGGACCUUGAUUUUCGUCAAUACCAAGAACGAGGCCGAUCUAGUGGAUGAUUAUCUGUACAACAAGGGUCUGCCCAGUACCUCCAUCCACAGUGAACGUACUCAGCGCGAACGUGAAGAUGCCAUGCGUGCUUUUCGUAAGGGCCAAGCACCGAUUUUGGUUGCAACCGGUGUUUCAGCCCGCGGUUUGGAUGUGAAGCUUGUCAUGCACGUCAUCAACUAUGAUCUUCCCAGUGCUGACCACGGUGGUAUUGAUGAAUACGUUCAUCGCAUUGGCCGUACUGCUCGCAUUGGUAAUGAAGGCUUUGCGACUUCUUUGUACAAUGAGAGGAACAGUGACAUCGCCCCUGCCUUGGUCAAGCUUCUGAUUGAGGCAGGACAGGAAGUCCCUGACUUUCUCGAGGAAUACAAACCAGAGGGUGGAAGUCCUGAUUGGCACUCGGACGAUACUGACGGUGAAGGAGAAAAUGGUGAACAGGAGCCAAAACACGAACCGGAGCCAUUCGAAUCUUCUGCCUCUGCUGAGCCUUCUCAAGCUGAUAACGGAUUCGACUGGUAAAUGUCAGAUUUACGUCGAUCUGGCUGUGUGACUUUGCGUGAAUCAGCAUUUUAGUCUGGUAGGAAUGAUGGGCACAUGUUCGAAUAUGCUAUGGAACACUCUUCGAUAGUAGCCUGGUGGAAGUUGGAGGAUUUAGAAAUCGUCUAGCAAUUUUCCGAAAGGUUUCAUGAUGAUUUUGUCUCGACGAGGAUCAACCGACUGUCAGCGAUGGAAGUUGGGGCAUCAGGCAAGGCAGGUGUAGUAGUUUAGCAGUAGCCGUAGCUUCCCUCAAUGCAAGACAACCGUUUCCUUAAAACCUUGCAACAUCUGCUGCCCAAAAUUCUCUUAUCUCCUCACAUUCACUGGCAGAUAUUUUUACCCAGUGCUGUCACGAUGGGUUCUC